AUGCCAUUUACUGAUGGUGGCAUGCAAUACCUGAUUGGAGGUGCACGGGCAAACCUGGGGAUCAAGAAGGGCAGAUACCUUUUCGAAGUCAAAGUGGUCGAGGCCCACAAUCCCUCGGAAGGCGCCCAGAGGAGCUUUCGCUCGACAGUCUCCAGGAAUUUGGUUCGCGUAGGCUUCUCCACACAGGGCACAUCGCUUCUUUUGGGAGAGGGAGGCGACUCCGUGUACUUCGACAACGAUGGGUUCUAUGUGGCAGAUCAGAAGCGUGAGAGUACUUCACAAAGAUUUUCUCGAGAUAAUGUGGUGGCGAUACUGCUGAAUCUCGAUGCCGCAAGCCCGAACGCCAACACUGUGGAUGGUGUGCGAGUUGCACAGCCGCAGAAGCUGCCAGAGAAGUUGUUGGGCAAGCCGCUCUUCCCUCAUGUGAGCUUUAAGAACAUCACCCUGCAUGUCAACUUUGGGCCUCCUUCGGUGCCUUUGCCAUUCACGUGCCUUUCUGUAGCAGAAGUGCCCACAGCAGAUGGCGUAGAGGCUCCGGCACCGACCAAGGAUGGAAAGUAUGAGGUUAUCUUCCCUGUGGCCGUGCCUGAUGAGGGCACUUUCGACUGGUUGGAUGACUUCUUGGACAAGAACCCCAAGUACGUGGAGCUGUCCGACCGUGCCAUUAUCAAGUGGGCGGAGAAGAGCGGGAUCAGCCACACAGAGCAAAGCACGUGGAAACAUUGCAACGACAAACCAGACCCACAGUUCCGCGUUCCACUCCUGGACGACUUCAGCGCACGGCGUGUGAUCCAGGCGGUGGCACCAACUCAGCCGCGGCAUUACAUAGUUAUGGAAGUGAAAUCAAAUCUGGUCAAGGAGGAGCGAAGCCAGCUUCUCAAAAGAUUCAGCGAGAACUAUUUCAAGACGGUUGCUGAGGUGGUCAUGGGGGAACCGCCGGCUGACUUUAAGGAGAAGGUGCACAAGGCCCUGCUCACAGAGAAGCAAGAGAAGGCCACUCAGGAUUGGAAGAGGCGGAAGAUGGAAAAGGAGCAGGACGGGCCGAUUGGCAGUUGGUCUGUUGGUGUGUUGAGAAAGGUGACUUGUCAGAUGCAAUGCAAUGUCAAAGCGCAUCAGGAACGCCUUCAGCGCAAGCGCCAGCGAGAACUGGAAGAGGCCAAGAAAAGAGCUGAGGAGGAGGCCAAGAGGAAGCUGGAGGAGUUGGAGAGGCAAGCCGCGGAGGCUGCUGCUGAGGCAGAGAGGGCUGCACAGGCAGCUGAAAAAGCCGAAGAGGAAAAGAAGGAAGGAGAAAAAACGGAAGGAGAGAAAGGCGAAGGAGAAAGUCAGGCUUCAACAGUUGUUCCUGGCAAUGACGUACAGGACUACAGCGAAGCUGAAGCUGGCAGAGCAAAGACAGAGGUCAAAGAAGAGAAAGAGGUGAAAGACGAGCCGAAGACUGAGGUGAAGGAUGAACCCAUGCCAGAGGUAAAGCAGGAACCUGAAGAACUUGAUGAACCCUGCCCACAGGUUGUGCUCACAGAAGAGGACAAGGCCGCCUGGUUCCGCAAGAAAGCGACACCGGAUCUCACUAGCUGGACUUUGGGUAGUGGCUUAGAAAAAGGGCUUGGAGAAACGCAAGUGAUCGGUUUUGAAACAGCAUUAAUUACAUGCAGUCUUCACCUUUUCCUCACCCAGGUUGCUUCGAACUAUAUCCGCAAGAGCAAGAUCUCAAAUCGCAUUGAAGACUUGAUGCCAGGAGAUUGGCCACUCGAACUACGCAUAGGAAUUUCCUGGAUGUGCAUCACACACACACACACUUUUUAG